CCCCUGUGUGAUUCAGGUCUGGCCCUUUUGCAGGUUUCCAGGCUCAGUUCUCAGCCUGGCAUCGACUCGGGCUCUCUCCUCAUAACUGGCGAUUAAAAAAAAACAAAAAAACAACAACAACAACCUGAAAACAUAUGGAAAUAGAGAGAAACCAGGGGGACAUUUCUCACCGGCGGCGACACGUGCUCCUCUCCUCUCCCCCUCCUCAUAUGAGUUUUUGAAGAGGGAGGGCAGGGCAGCUUGUGCAUCAUCGUCUUCCUCAUCUGGCGUCGGAGGGCACAGCCGCGAGUGAGCCAUGACUCUGAGCUCAGAGAUGUCGGAUGCCUCCAUCCUCUCGGAAGAGACCGACAUAGACGUGGUCGGCGAAGGCGAGGAUGGGGACAGCCAGACGCGCUCGUACGUGGACGAGGUGGCGCAGAUGCACGACGGCAUCCUCCUGGCCGGCUCUCCUCCUCCGUGCCUGGACAGCUCCACCUCCUCGAGGGAUGCCUACAAGCCGGCGGGCAAGAACACCCUGGUGAAGCCCCCUUACUCAUACAUCGCCUUAAUCACCAUGGCCAUCCUGCAGAGCCCGAAGAAGAGGCUCACCCUGAGCGAGAUCUGCGACUUCAUCAGCAGCCGCUUCCCUUACUACAGGGAGAAGUUCCCUGCGUGGCAGAACUCCAUCAGGCACAACUUGUCCCUCAACGACUGCUUCGUGAAGAUACCGAGGGAGCCGGGGAACCCCGGGAAGGGCAACUACUGGACCUUGGACCCGGAGUCCGCUGACAUGUUUGACAACGGGAGCUUUCUGAGGAGGAGGAAACGCUUCAAGCGGCAGCAGACGCAGGACUUGCUGCGGGAGCACAACAGUUUUAUCCCCGCCGCCGCCGCGUACGGGUACGGACCGUACGGCUGCGGUGGAUACGGCAUCCAGCUCCAGUCCUACCACACGCACUCGGCGCUUUUCGCGUUCCAGCAGCAGCAGCAGCAACAACAGCAGCAGCAGCAGCACUCCAGGCACUCACACACGGGGACCAUUAUCCCUUCGCCGUCUUUGAUGCCCACCACCACGGACUUAUCCAGGAGUAGGUUUUAUCCCCAGCUCAGCUCCAGCCUGGGCUCAGCCAGCGCACAGGCUGCGUCCCCGGUGCAGAAGUCUAGCUCCCCGGUGCAGCGGUCUCCCUUCUCCAUAGAGAGUAUCAUCGGAGGGUCGCUGAGCCCCUCCAGGACUUCUCCGGCCGUUGUCCCGGUCUUAGCGUCCUCUCUCGGGGCUCCAGCCGUCAGCCACCCAGGAGCUGUCUUACACCCGGUUGAAAACUUCCCGAGCAGAGUGGUCAGCGGCACUAGCGCCUGUUAAAUGUCUUAACUACGAACUUUUCGAGAGACUUUUAUAUAUAAAUAUAUAUAUAUAAAAAAAAGAAACAGCAACAAAAACAAAAAACGCCCCUCUUUGAAGGUAGGAUUAUUUUUGUAUGUUUAUUUGAUAGCACGCAGCUGAAUGAUGGACAUACAAACACACUAUUUGUGCCUAUAUUCAUGCUGUUUAUGAAGAUAUAUUUAUGUUAUUUUGUUCUUUUGUUUGUUUCGGUGUGAAUCAGACUCUUCGAGCACGAACUUUCCUUGUUUGUUCCAUGAAGUGAUUUCGUUUCAGUCACUGUUAAGGGCGUCUCAGGAUUACCACCUAAUGGACAGGUUAUAAAUGAUCACAUGUUUAAAAAAAAUAGGCUAUUAAUGUAUUUGUGUCAAACACAUCCAUGUUUUCUAUUAACAAAUCAGAGUUUUUGAUUUGAACUUUGUAUUAAAAUAAGAAGAGAGAGAGAGAGAGACAGAGAGAGAGAGAGAGCAAAGUCUUACAUUUAUAAUAAUAUGCAGUGUGUGUUUAUUUCAGUAAUAAAACAUUGUACAUUUUUUGGCAAGUUUUGUGUAAUUGAAGUGUGAUAUUUUUACACCGUUUGUUUUUUCAAA